UUUCAUGGGGAGCGCUUUCUACUACUACACCGGCGGGCAGGUAAGCAACAUAAAAACAUAAGGAGGAUAUCCUUAAGGGACCAUUUUAGGAAGGAUCUAAGUGACAUUGAUAAUCGUCCAAGUGGUUCUGGCGCAAAGAAAGUCAAGACACGAACAUAUUUUGAGGCGUUACAGUUCCUGAAGACCGUUAUGAAACGCAAGAGAACUUCAGGAAUCGUGGCUGACAGGAAGGACAAUACACGUGGCUCCAAUCGAGACAAGUUGGGAGAAGAGGACAGGGAAGCUGGAUUGAAUACGACAUCAAGUCGAUCGUCACCUUUGCUGUCAACAUCAAGCACAGAUGAUGGAUCCAAACAGGCAGGGAAACCUCUUGUGCCGCAAUUCAGGAAGCAAAAAAAGAAAACCACCGAUAUUGACUUGGUGUCAUCAGUGAUCAUGAAAAUGUUGGGAGAGCUGAGGGAGCAACUGCGUGAGUCCCGGCGCAAAGAAGAAAGAGAAGACAACAUUGCUAGUUUCCUCUGCUCCCUGGAGUAUGACAUUCGGCAAAUACCACCACAUAGACUGUCAGCCCUCAAACAGGAAAUCAUGCAAGUAGUGCAUCGCUAUGUCCACGUGUAG